UCGUCAUCACGAUCAUAUCAUCUGUAAAUCAUCUACCGUCCUGCAAGACUUGGCCGCCAACUAUACAACCAAACAACAAUGGAUGCUUUCUCUUCUUUCUUCGACUCUCAAUCAAGGAACAGAUGGAGCUACGAGUCUCUGAAAAACUUGCGACAGAUCUCUCCCAUAGUCCAGACUCAUCUGAAACAGGUUUAUCUCACCUUAUGCUGUUCGCUCGUUGCAAUGGCUGCCGGUUCAUACCUUCAUCUUCUGUGGAACAUCGGCGGCCUUCUCACAACACUUGGAUGCUUUGGAAGCAUAGCGUGGCUGCUUUCUAGUUCUCCUUAUGAAGAGCAAAAGAGGGUUGCCCUUUUAAUGGCAACUGCACUCCUUCAAGGGGCUUCUAUCGGACCUCUGAUUGAUUUAGCCAUCAAGAUUGAUCCAAGCAUUCUGAUUACAUCGUUUGUGGGAACUGCGAUAGCCUUUGGUUGUUUCUCAGCAGCAGCAAUGUUGGCAAGGCGUAGAGAGUACCUGUAUCUUGGAGGCUUGCUCUCGUCUGGUGUGUCCAUGCUUAUGUGGCUGCACUUUGCUUCCUCCAUUUUUGGGGGAUCCACAGCAAUAUUCCAGUUUGAGUUAUACUUCGGACUCCUGGUGUUUGUGGGAUAUAUUGUGGUGGACACCCAGGAAAUAAUCGAGAAAGCACACUUUGGUGACCUUGACUAUGUAAAACACGCGCUUACCCUUUUCACUGAUUUUGUUGCUGUCUUUGUCCGUAUUCUCAUAAUCAUGUUGAAAAAUUCAGCCGAGAAAAGUGAGAAGAAGAAGAAAAGAAGAGAUUGAAUGAAAGAGUUUCCCUAAAGAUGGUGGAAGGAGAGUUGAAGAAUCUUAAUACUUGUCCAUAAACACUUUACCACGAACAAUGUUAGUAUUUGGAACUUGAACUUACUGUAUGGCUAAUAUUGCCACUUCAGUUCUUCCCGUGGUUGGGAGGGGUUUUCUUUUGACAUUGACAAGUUUAUAUCAGGCUCUCCAAGUGGAAUAUAUAUUUUCCUGGCUCCACCUAUGUUGAUAUAUGUUAGCAUUUGUUUCGA